UUAAUCCGUCUCUUCGAGUAGAUCGUAAAAGCAAAGACAAAGAGUUGUAUUCGUGUCAAUUCAAGAAGGCGAUCUCGCGUAACGUAUUACGACGUUCGAUCAUCCUAAAGACUAGACAAACCCAUGUACUAUGAUCUUGCCUAUAAAAGAUGUUGCAAAAAUAAGUGAGCCGUAGUAGUACUUACAAAAUAGAGAUGUCAACAUCAAAAAGUAGUUCUCUUUUAAGACUUAAUCAAGAAAGUCGGCAUAUUACCGACGAUUGGCAAACUCGCGAAACCGAUUCGGAAAUAAGCGACAAUGAUUUUAUUACGAAGGGUGCAUUCCUUUUAACACCUAGCCAUGACUUCAAUAUAGAAAAAGCAGCGGCCAUUUGUGAAAAAAUGAACUUCCGCGGAGCAUUUUCUUUAACAAAAACAGCUACUGGAAUACUUUUUAAAUUUAGCAAUACUGACGAUUAUCAUGCAGUGUACAAGAAAGGUUUUCACAAAGUAACUGGUGCACGUUUUUACAAGAAGAUUGCUAUACCAUGUAGACCAGCGAAGACGUUUACCGUAUACGUUUUAGAUGUACCAGAGGAAUUACCAGAAGAUGAUAUCAGACAUGCUUUAUUUAAAUAUCGUUCCAUAGUGGAAGUAACGAGGGUACCUUUAGCCACUGGAACUGUUUUAAAAGCCAUCAAUGAUAGAUUAAAAAAUGAAGCGCAAAACGUAAACGAGCCAGCAACAAUCUAUACAGGACCACCUGUUAUAAGAGUUACCCUUGCUAAUUUGGAAGAAACUACUAUAUUGCUUAGUCAAGGAUUAGAUUUUUAUGGAGCAACUUAUUUUCCUACUGACACGCCAUUUACUUCAUCGCAAUCUCUUGUGAAAUAUAAAAGCAACAGAUGGAAUGAACUUGCAUCAAUUUAUCCUGGCCAAAGAGUUAGAGAUUUAUUACCAGUCUUUGACAAUGCUGGCUUUGAUAAGAUUCCACCACCUACAAGUCGUAUGAUAAAACCACCAAAAAAUUGAUAUAAGAAAAAUAAAAGCAUUUUUGAUAUAACUUUGCUUUGAUGUCAAUUACGUCUGAAUAAAUAUAAUAAAGACAAA